CUGUCAUUGUACACCGCAUGAUUCAGUUAGUUGUGUGACGGAGUCUUACAAGUCAGUAUCAAUCUUGCACAUCUCUCCUAUCUGCGACUACACGUUGGACACAAUUCAGAUGUGCCGGCUGGCUGGAGCUGUUACUGUCGUGGUGGUCUCGUUGCUGCAGACCCCUCACUGCCUGGCCAGACCCUACCUCAAUGUCUCCGGGGAGAUCAUGCUCGGGGGACUCUUCCCCGUCCAUGCUAACGGCAAGGGAGUCACGGAAUGUGGAGGAGUCCAGGUAGAGGACGGCAUGCUGAUGCUGGAGGCUAUGCUGUUCAUUGUUAAUGAAAUCAAUGAGAGGACAGAUCUGCUUCCAGACAUCAAGCUUGGAGUGAUAGCAUACGACACAUGUGACAGUCCGGCAUACGCCCUGGAACAGUCUUUGGAUUUUAUCAAAGGAUUUAUUGCCCACUACAAUGGUAACAAGCUUCACACCGAUCACCCUAAGGAGUUCGUGUGCAGAGAUGGAGAACCACCGGAGUACCGAGGUGGUAACUUUGACAAAGUUGCAGCACUUAUAGGGGAGCAGUCCAGUGCUGUUACUAUGCAGAUCGCGACAAUGCUGAGACUGUUCGGCACUCCUAUUGUCAGCUACCUGGCCACUUCCCCGGCCCUCAGCAACAAGGACAAGUUCCCCACGUUCUUCCGCACCGUUCCCAGCGACAUCAAUCAGGCCAACGCGAUGUUGGCACUCAUCAGUCAGAUGAAUUGGACCUACGUAUCCAUCGUGUACGUGGACACUGAGUAUGGGAACCAAGGAUACGAGACACUCAACACCCUGGCUCCCGAGUACGGCGUCUGCUUCUCCACGCCGCUGCGAGUCAGCAACGAACACUUCUCCGACGUUGACUAUGACAGGAUCGUUCAGAAGCUGGCAAACAACUCCGACGCUAGAGUCGUGGUGGUGUUUGCGGAGAAACCAACAGUGGUGUUACGGCUCGUGGAGUCCACACGGCGUAUGAAGGUCGGCAACCGCUUCGUCUGGGUUGGCUCUCACGGCUGGACCGUCACUGACCAUCGCGAGCAUCACUUGCCGAUCGUCUCCAAGCUAGAAGAUUCAUUGGCCACUGUCAACCGUCCAAACCGUCGAACUGGCCAAUUAACCAAAGAUGAUCUGGAAAGUCACGAGGUGUUAGAGGGUGCUCUGGCGAUCCAGCCCUUGGCCAGCCACUUAGAGGGAUUUGACGAGUACUUUGCUAACCUCACAGUGGAGAAUCAUGGUCAUGUGAACCCUUGGUUCAAAGAGUACUUGGAGGCGUUCUUCCAUUGUGACUUCAAGAACAGAACUCAGAGAAGUGUUCAGACAGACAUAGAGGGUGACUGUGAGUCGAUGGAUUUGUCAGUGACGGUGCAGAAAGGGUUCCAGCAGCAUUCUUGCCUCCACUUCGUGAGAGAUGCUGUGUACGCUGUGGCGACUGCUCUACACAACAUGCAUCAGGACAAGUGUGGUGGCACCCCUGGGGUGUGCGAGAAUAUGAACCACAUAGAGAACAGCGAGGUGGUGAAGUACCUCACUAACGUCACAUUCAAGGAUGAGAGAGGGAAUCCCUUCAAGUUUCUCAACGGCCGUGAUGGACCUCCUCGUUAUUCGAUUUUGAAUUUCCAAAGAACCGAUGUUAAUUCAUUUCAGUGGCAGAUAGUUGGAAACUAUUCAUUGGAUGAACAUGGCAAGCCCCAGCUGUAUUUGGAAAAGGAGAAAGUAACUUUCCGCAAAACCUCGAAGAAGUUCCCUCCUUCUGGUUGCACCCAAACAUGUGAUGACAUGCAAAUUCGGAUUCGAGAGUACGAAGACACUUGCUGUUGGUCCUGUAUAAAUUGUGGACCAUACGAGAUACGGAAAGAUGACUUCCAUUGUGAGCAGUGUAGACCUGAAUAUCUCCCGUCAAAGAACAAAAGUGUCUGUGAAAUCAUCCAAGAAGACUUCAUCUACUAUGGAGACCCAUGGGCAACACCUGCACUAGUAGUAGCUACAGUAGGGGUGCUUUUGACGCUGAUUGUGACAUUGGUAUUCUGGGCUAACACUGACACACCUGUGGUGAAGGCGUCAGGCAGAGAGCUGAGCUAUCUGCUGUUGUUGGGCACAUUGCUGGAGUUUUGUGUGACUUACAUAAUGGUGGCCCCUCCAACAUUCACCAGUUGUGUAAUAACAAGAUUCUUCCUUGGGUUCUCAUUCGCUCUUUGCUACGCGGCAAUUGUCACCAAAACGAACCGGAUUGCGAGGAUAUUCAGCAACGGAGGUGGGAUUUCCAGAACAAGGUACAUCAGUCCAAAAUCACAAAUAUUGAUAACAGCAAUAUUGACAUCAGUCCAGAUUGUUAUCAAUAUUGGUUGGUUCUGGUACGACCCUCCAGUGGUUAAGCACGUGUUUCCUGCCAGAGAUUCCCGCCUUAGGAUUUGCUCUGGACUGGGAGAUUUUUCCUAUCUCAUCAGCCUUUCUUAUCCAUUUGUCCUUAUCGGAGUAUGCACAGUUUACGCUUUCCUCACAAGAAAAUGUCCUGACGGUUUCAAUGAGGCCAGACACAUAGGGUUCACCAACUACACAGCUAUUGUGAUCUGGCUGGCCUUCGUUCCUCUCUACAUCGCAUCUACCAGUUAUAACAUCAGGGUGGUCACACUCGCCCUAUCCCUCUCACUCAGUGGAUUCGUUCAAUUGUGCUGUCUCUUCUUCCCGAAGAUUUACAUAGUAGUAUUCACUCCAGAGAAGAACACCAAGGAGGUGGUGAUGGGUCAUAACCGCACUUCUUCCUUCACUACCAAUACCAUGUCCAGCAAUAUCAUGCCUACCAAUGCUGCCCUAGCACUAACUCUGGACAAUGGGUACAGAAACCCCACAUUUACCAAUUCAUUAGGGAGCAUUCAUGACGAAGAGAUGCCUGCAAGAUCUGUAAGAUUUCACCCAAAAUUAUCUGCAAAAUCCAAGAAUGGAGGAGGAGUACCUCAAAGACCGAUCCUGAACAGGCCUGGCACUCCACCGCAUCGCAAGAAUGGAGUCAACUCUAUCCCUAAUUGAAGAGUUACUUCAUUUGAUACUAUUGUACCUUAGCCCUUCUAGCAGUGGUUGAUCUAAGUGAUAGAAACCACUAAACUCUCAUUCAAUUUACUAGUAAGAUAUAAUAAUUAUAAUACCUUGGAAUGACGCUUAUAUAGAUAUCGUAAAGAUAGCUUUUACUGUAAAUAUUGUACAACAAAAUCGUAUUUUACUGACUAGAGAAACUGUAAAAAUUAAUUAUUUUUAGUAUUUUAGUUAGAUAAAUAAUGAGCAUAGAUAUAAUAAAUGUUUUAAAAUAUGUUUGUUCCACAUAUUUUACAUUUAUAUUUAUAUUUUUUUAAUUUGUUUAUUUUUGCAAAUUUGUAUUAAUAGUACAAAUACUGGUCUGAUAUUAUUACGUGUAUAAAAAGAGGUUUAUGACAUUAUCGAUUAUUCAUUACAAAUUAAAAUUAAAUGUAAAACCGUAUCAAAGUGAAACAAAUUAUUGUAAUAUUGUGAUAAAUAAAGUUUAUAUUAAAUAGUAAAUAAUGAAAAAAAACAUUUUGUGACAUAACGAGGGAGUAAAGUAUUUAGUUUUAAACUUAGAAUAUGGAGAAUACUGCAUUUUAAUGCUUUGUCUAUACUCACCAAGAAUGGCUAUUGAUUUAUACUCUUUAUGUGUAGUAAUGUUUGCUACUUUGCUGUAAUCUUCAGUAUUAAGAAUAUAGCCAAAUCUUGCUUCCAUAAGUAUUUUGCCUAUUCUGCAUUGAUUUUUUUGCUAGUUACGGGUAUUAAAAUAAUUACGUUCCUUACUGAGAAAUGAGACCAUGAACGACUAGUCAAAUGCACCAAUUGAAUCACUGCCACUAAAUUUUCUUUUACUUUGCAUUCCUUAAUUUAUAUCUUUAUAAUUAAUAUAUUUUAAAAUAUUGUAUUACUUGGUUUACUACAGAGUUUUAUGUUGUACAGCAAUCAUCCAUACUAAUUUUUUUUUUUUAAUAAUGUUAUGGAUAAAAUUGUUCUGCUGUCACAACAGAACAAAAAUUUCAACAAUACAACUACCAUGAAAUUAUUAAAAACUAAUAGGUAUUUACAUAUUAAGUUAAAUAAUGGCAUUUUUUACAGUAAGCAAUUUUUUAUUGCUCCUAAUAUUUUUUAAUUUCCUUUCAACAGAAGGUAAAGCUUUUUCUUCUUAAAUCCUUAGGGGUUAAUUUAUCAUUCAUUAACAGAGUGGCAGUUGUUUAUUAUUCCAUUCACUUCUAACUUAUAUUGAUAGCUCAUGGAAUUAUUGGAAUUAUUUGCCACUUGGAAUAUCUAAUGUUUAUUGAAUACAUUAUUUUUAUAGUUUUAUCAAAAGUGUGUACUACAAAGAUAGCAGAUACAAGACGUAUAUGAAAAGCCAAUUUUUUUCACUUACUUUCAGUUGUAGUUAAAAAAACCAUCAAGUUUCACACCAUAAGACUAAUAUUAAACCUCAUGCACUAUUACACCGUUAUUUCUGGUUGUAGAAUCAUGGUUAGUCUCAUUUGAAAGAUAUGAUUAAUACGCAUCCAAACGCUUUAGUUGUUUCUCUUUUAGUUUAUACUCGUUUAGUAUUUUAAUAAUAAAGUACAAACAAGUUUGAGAUUGUUUAUAAAACACCAAAUAUAAUGUUUUAAAAUAUCUCAAAAAGGGUUUGGGUGCAUAUUGAUUAUAUUUUAAAGUUGAAUAUUCAUUCAUUUGA